UGCAGGCUGUGAUUUGCACGGGAGCGCAGUCAUUUGAAUGGACUCGUUUGCCCUGGCACACGCAGGGAAGCAGUCCCUGCACUACUUGUGAAAUCGCAGCCUGAAUGGGAACCGAGGUUCCCAAUACAGGUGCGAUCACCAGUGCGGGCAGCAUGCCAUUAGAAUGACACCUACCUGCGGGUUCCACAUUCCUCUGUGUGGGUGGUGCAGCUCCAGGUAUGUGUGCAGGUCCCGCAUUCCUCUGUGUGGGUGGUGCAGCUGCAGGUAUGUGUGCAGGUACCGCAUUCCUCUGUGUGGGUGGUGCAGCUGCAGGUAUGUGUGCAGGUCCCACAUUCCUCUGUGUGGGUGGUGCAGCUGCAGGUAUGUUUGCGGGUCCCGCAGCAGCACCACCCGCACAGAUGUGAAC